AACUUGCUUUUAUACAGAUCGAAGGCCAUUUCGACUUACAAAGAACUUGGCGUUGAAGAGCUCCAGUGGCCUGCUGAAGAUGAAAGAGAGUUGAGCCAGGAAAUCAUUCGAGUAAACCCACUAAAUCGUCACUCAAUUUUGCAGGUAAAUACACAGUUCAUGAAUAAAUAUCUUCAUAAUAUGAACUCUUUUGAUUAUUUCAAGCUAUUUUAUAGCGAUAUUUUUGGCAAUGCUGCGAGGAAAAUUACCAUUUCCCGCCAUUCAAUGGACCUCCUUCGGUGAUGAUCUGCUACAUGAUUGUCUAUUCACUCCUUUCUUUGAAUGGAACGCUGCUUAUUGUUUAUUAAUAAGCGGACAAUUUCAUUGUCAUGAAAUAGAAUCGGGCGUACUUUUACCAAGGCGUAAAAAGAGCAGCGAACGGAGUUACAGAGCAUACCAGCUCUCUCCAGGUCAAAUAUUAAUCAUGCGACUUGUCUCCCGCCAACUCGUAGAAUAAUGAACAAAGUUAACCACAAAUUAAAAAAAAAACCUUUUAUGCACAAAGCCAGAAAUACAGCUGAAAUUUUAAUAUAGUGAGUGGGCAAUUCCUUGAAAAUGAAUUUUAUUUAUUUAUUUAUUAUAGGUAUUUGUUUGUUAAGCUUGUUUAUUCUUUUACAAAUUAUAGAAUGAGGGCCUCUUAAGAGAGGUUAUGUAUGUGCCUAAUCUGAAUUUCAAAACCUGUUGAUUUGCAUAUUGGGGAGGAAGCCAUGUUGUUGUUGGUAUUCACUAUUGUAUGCGCGGUUUUUUCUGUCAAUGUCCCAGUUUCAACCUAGCCUGGGUGAAAGUCCCCUUCCCCCAAAUCCCCUACACCUUUUGACGCCUGCUACGAAGGCUAGUUCCAACUCAUCUCUGUGUUAAGCAAGGCUUGCCGUGCUACACGACAGUAGCACAACUUGGUUUCAAACGUGGCAAUACUGCCAUGCUAAAGUCGAAUUUAAUUUGAUCAAUUCAGUUUGGCACAGCAGUAGCACAACAUCAUAUGAGAUUCCCAGGAGCAUAGCGUCCAUAUACGCCCAUACACCUAUGAGUACAGCUAAAAUCUGGACAAUAUACACCUUUUAUUUCCUGAAAGUAUUUCUAUCAUUAAAACACAAUGACUGAUGACUUUUUCGCCUUAAAUUGGCGUCUUUGCCCAUCUGAAGGGUAGACCUCUCGCCCUUGCAGCCUUACCCACUGAUAACACAAGGGAUAGGUAAAAUAAACAACUAACCACUGCAUUUUCCUUUCUAUUUAUUGCCGAGACCCUAAAUUUGAACAUUUUCUGAGGAAGCAUGCUGCCAUGCACCCCCUAGUUUGAACUGCCUUCGGCAUCCUUCUCAUUUCUUCCCAUGUGUACACCUUCAAAAUCUCAUGCUAAGUCCUUGAUCCCCCCUAGGAAUUCUUUGACUGUGUAUUAAUUUUGUGCAACAUUCAUCAUUUCCUUCAUUAGGCUCCCAGUCACAAGUUUGUUGUGAGUCACUUGGGUAGGACGUCAUCUUUAGUAGCAAAAUUAACAUCUACUGGUCAGCCAUCUCACAGAGGCAGUUGGAAAAGUGGUUCAGUCAGGGAAGGAUGUAAUGAUUGUUCACAGAACAGACAAGAAAAUAUCACGGCAAUCCAAAGUUAUAAGCCUACCACAAGUAAGAAUUGACCUGCAUGACUAAUAGUAACACCAAAGAGCCCUGGGUGGAGGGCCAUUAUGAAAAUUACCCCGGUUCUGCAACCAGUAAUAAUGUCUCUGCUCUCAUUAAAUAAAGAUUCUUCUUCUUCUUCGUCAUCAUCACUAUCACUAUCAUCAUCAGUAUUAUCAUACUUUUCAUUACCUUCAUCAUCAUCAUCAUCAUCACAUCAGUCUUAUAAUUUUUUAAACAUCAUUUAUCUUUUUCUCAUUACAUUUCCUUCCCUCUGACAUUCAUGGUGGUUUUCUCUGUUUUCUUUGAAGAUUACUGGAUAUCACUCUCAGAUGAAAUUAUAUUGGCAAUCUUCCAACUCUUGCCAAAGAAAACAAUAGUCAAGUGUGCACGUGUUUGUAAGCACUGGCAUAGAUUAGCGUAAGUAGUGUCGUGUUUUCAAUAACCACUCUACUCAAACCAGCUGCCUGCUUCAAAAUUGAGCCGCUUGCCUCUAAAUAUGCUUUUCGUCAGCUGUCAGGGCUGUCACUAUAGGCCAAAGGCUGGGGAUUUGUCCCAGUUACUAAAUUGCAAUUGUAAUAAAUUUGUUUACCCACGGAGCACUUAGGAGUUCAUGAGAACUCGUUGAAACAUGUCCGUGGAUUCCAGAUCGAAUUGGAGUUUGGAGUUGCUGGUUUUGAAUGAGAGGGGAAAACUGGAGUACCCAGAGAAAAACCUCUCGAAGCAAAGGAGAGAACCAACAACAAACUCAACCCAGAUAUGGCAUCGACACCAGGAUUCCAUGCUGCACCACAUGAGUGGGAGGCGAGUGCUAUCACCACUGCGCCACCCUUGACUCCAGGAUACAAAAGGAAAACAGAACAAAAAGAUCUUCCUACAUGAAAAAGCUGUUCAAUUCCCAUUUAAUCCUUUAAGCCCCAAUAUCCACAUACAAAUUCUCUAAACUGAUCUCCAUACAUUUCCUUACAGGAUUGGUUCAAAGAAUUCGAUAAACAAACAAGGCAUUUUCUCCUUGGUGAUCGUUUUAUUACUUCUCAUAACCUAAUCUCUUGACAAUGUAUGGAUGUCAUGUCAGGAGAAAAUUGAUUUUGGUCACUCCCUUAGUCACUCUUCGGGCACUUUCCUUUUGUCAGAUCUGACCAGCCAGGCCUUUCCUGUGGUAAUGAGAAUUUCACUUUUAAACAACGCUAUCCAGUCAGAUCAGUCAUAUCCUAAAUAGCAUGCACAAAGGAAAUCAUUUUUUAUCAAAAACUUUUGGAGACAACUUUGCUUUCUAAUAAUAAGUUAUGAGCACAGGCUUGGUGUAACAGCUACUCCCAUUAGCUUUUUUCUCUGAUAUUGGCUUGUUGGCUGUUUUAUUCAUACAGGUAACUGUAUAUUUUGAUUAGUGGUAACCAUGACAUGAAAACCACCGUCAGUACAUAUUUUUGUCUUAUGAAACAAAUCUUGCUGCGGGUUGUUGAUGUGAAAUCAUGAUAUUUUUUUUCUUUAGAUAUGAUGAAAGUCUUUGGAGAUGUGUAGAUAUGACAAAGGCUAACCUACCUUCAGGACUGUUAGGAAAAGUUUUGAAACGUGGCACUAGAGUAUUGCGCUUAGCUCAAGCAAAGGUGNGUAAUGAGAAUUUCACUUUUAAACAACGCUAUCCAGUCAGAUCAGUCAUAUCCUAAAUAGCAUGCACAAAGGAAAUCAUUUUUUAUCAAAAACUUUUGGAGACAACUUUGCUUUCUAAUAAUAAGUUAUGAGCACAGGCUUGGUGUAACAGCUACUCCCAUUAGCUUUUUUCUCUGAUAUUGGCUUGUUGGCUGUUUUAUUCAUACAGGUAACUGUAUAUUUUGAUUAGUGGUAACCAUGACAUGAAAACCACCGUCAGUACAUAUUUUUGUCUUAUGAAACAAAUCUUGCUGCGGGUUGUUGAUGUGAAAUCAUGAUAUUUUUUUUCUUUAGAUAUGAUGAAAGUCUUUGGAGAUGUGUAGAUAUGACAAAGGCUAACCUACCUUCAGGACUGUUAGGAAAAGUUUUGAAACGUGGCACUAGAGUAUUGCGCUUAGCUCAAGCAAAGGUGUGCUUUUGUUAUUCAUCUUUGAGGAAAAACCUUUAAAAAAAAUAGAAAGGACAAGGGAAAAAAGAACACUACAAGGAACUACAAUUUUUUUCAAGGGGAAAGUAAGCCAGAUUAACUAUUCACAAAAGCACAGAACUUCUAUUAAAUAGGUUUUUUUGUGUUCUUCUCAAAUCUUAUGCUCAUGUCCUAAACGUUUUUACACCCAAAGUGCUUGUAACGUACAGCUGUAAAGCAACUCAUUCUUAAAUUUAAAUUUGUUUUACCAGUAUCAUUUACCAGGUACCUUUUCACUUGCUCACAGUGGACAUAAAUUUAUUUGUUGUACAGCAUUCAGGUUGUGGGGAUGGCGCAAAAAGAUGUGAGCAGGAAAAACAGCUAGGGGAGGGGUAGGUGGUGAGAGCAAAGGAAUGACAUUCCUCCGUGCUCCCUCUCCACUCUAUCUCCUUAUUUUUUGUCCUGCUCUCUGACUUUGCCGCACUCCACUAUCUGAACGCCUAGUACAUGUACACUCUAACUUGCAGGUCAUUCACUAAUUUCAGGUUGCAUCACCAUUAUAUCAUGAUGAUAAUUCAUCAUUUCCAGACAUAGUUCCUUUAUCACCAGAAUCUCCCAGGUAAAGCAGGAAGUAUUUCUUUGUAAAAAGUCAUUUAAAUAAUUGUGCUCACAAUUCAAAGUGAUAUAGUUAGGCAUAUUUUUAUUGGUCUAUAGAUCUUCACAAACAAACGCAUAGUCAAGCUGUCGCUUUGUGAACACCAUACUAUUACAGACACCCUGAUUAUAAGGACAGGCACUUAAAUCCCCAGUAAAAGUUACUGACUUUCAACUAAAACUAACUCUCAUUUUUGAGGACUCUUGCCGUAAGACUUACAGACUCUUUGUAAAGUUCCAUAAAAGCAAUUUCCUUGUUCUUGCUCUCACUACAACUUACUAUCAUCUAAUGCCUUCAGUGCCAACAUUGAGAACCAAAUUUCAUCCACCUUUUACUGACCUAUCCGCAUUAUUUUGUUGGGAUGUUGGGAUGUACAUUGCACAUCAAUCAAAAUAAUUUACUUUACAAGUUAGUGCAUAAUCUUCUUUAAUGCAAAUGGUUUUUAAAAAAAUUUAAUUUCCUUCACUCCCUCUGCUAUUGCUCUCACUAUAAAAGACACUAACUCACAGUGCCAAGGGUGUUUGCAGUAAAAGGAGCUGAAUGCAUGUAUUUAAUAACUUAACUGUAGUUAAAAUUUCUUUUUUUAAGUAACUCCAUGUUCAGCUUGAGGUACUUGGAUGCUACGUGCUGUUCCUUUGAAAAUGACACACUUUUCUCCCUGAUCAUGGUAAGUCAUGAAAAUUCUAAUGCUAUGGCUGACAGUUAAAAUAAUUUUCCAUUGUUUUUAACCUCCUAUAAACUACUUGACACAUAGUCUAAUCUCUAUGUUUGUUGCAUGAACUAUACUACUUUAACUUCAAGUAAAGGAAGACCUUUUUGCGGCAACAUGGAACUACACAUAGUGCAACUCAAAAAUUGCCUGCAAUAAAUCAUCUUUGAAAGUAGAUGAGUCUGGACUUCUUCUCAGAAGAGACCCCCUGUGGCAUGAAUCCUACAAAAUUAAUGAUUACCGCCCAUAAGUGACCACUUUAAGUUUUUGCAUUUUGGGUGGUUGAUUUUGUGAGGUUUGACUGUAUUAAUUUUAUGUUUUCUUACAUGUUACUCUUCAUUGGAAUUUCAGCACUCAAAGCAGUUAACACAUCUUAGUUUGGAGUCAUGUGCCAUCUCUGUAAGAGUACUAAAGUGAGUCCACUGAAUUAUACAGGAUUAAAUGUAAUAAUAAUUAAACUGAAUGUAUCUUCUUUUUAAAUUUAUAAAAAUAAUUCCUAUAUUGACACUGUGAUGUAAUGACGGUAGCAGAAGGAAAGAGUUACUAUUUUAAAUAAAUUUAUUGUUUUUUUUUUCAGAGCAAUCAGUGAAUUUCGCAACCUGACAGUUCUGAAUCUUGCCAUGUGCACUGGUUUAACGGUCACAGGAAUGUGCUCAUUAGUAAAGUCUGGUGGAAAAAAUUCCAGGUAAUUUCAUAAAACUACAAAACACAAUUCACUUUUGAACCCAUGUGUUUUCUAACCUCUUGACAAAAUGAUUUAUUCCAUUUGCCUGGUUUCCUGUAUUUUGUGAUUAUUAACUCCAAACCCUCAAAGUCACAAUGAUCACACCAAGCUUGACAAAAUCCCCAAAUCUAGUGAUUAUUGGUCCAAUAGUGAAGACACAGCCAUUUACAAAGUUGAAAAGUUAAAAUGAAAUGUACAGCUGGAAAACUUGCAUAGCUCUCCAUACAACAUCUGAAAAUAAAAUGCAGUUGUUUUUCUAGGACUAAGUGUGUCGUCCUAAUAAUAUUGCUCUCUGUACCACGGUCAACAUAAUUACAUGUACCAUCCAAACUCAUAAAACAAACUUACACAGUUCUCAUGUACAUACAUGAGCAUAAAGUUAAUUUCAGUUUUCUGUGGGAACAAUAAUAAUUAUUAAUAUUAGGAAUCACAUGGGAUAUUAUAAUUAUUGAUAGCUGAAAUCCCUGAAUGCUUUCAAGUAUAUUUUUAUUAAUUUUUUUUUUCAUUUCAGACUAAAGGAACUAAAUCUAGCCUGGACAAAUCUCUCCAAGGCAACAAUCUUACAUGUCAUUAAAAAUCUGCCAAAGCUUCAACAACUUAAUCUGAGUGGAUGCAGGGACACACUCACUGAUGACUGUAAGUCUAACCAUGGACUUGUUUAUCAUUAA